AUCGAGUACUUGGCGAGGCAUCGUGGAGCAGACGACCACUUGAGACCAGCUUCGAGGGACCUGGAAUGGUACCAAGUCUACAUGUUGGACAUUUGGGCACUGGUCGUCCUCAUCAUCGCCGUGUACGUGGCAUUCCUUGUGUCCUGUUGUCGCUUCCUCUUCUGUUGCUCCCGCGGCGGCGAGAAUAAAGUCACGAGCAAGCGACAGAAAGUUUCUGGAAGUCAUCCAAAAACAAGGGCAUUCAUCACCCACGGAGGAAUGCUAGGCACGCAGGAAGCAUCUUAUCAUGGUGUCCCGAUGAUAGGGUUUCCCAUGGGUGCAGAUCAACACUUGAAUCUUGUUAAAUCCGUACGAGACGGGGUUGCUGUCAAAAUGGAUUGGGGAAAUUAUUCGGCGGAGACGAUCGUAGACUCAGUUACUCUCGUCAUCAACGACCCAAGCUAUAAAUCCAACGUGAUGAAACGCAAACAACUGCUGCACGAUCAGCCCGAAUCGCCCUUGCAAAGAGCAGUGUGGUGGAUCGAGUACUUGGCGAGGCAUCGUGGAGCAGACGACCACUUGAGACCAGCUUCGAGGGACCUGGAAUGGUACCAAGUCUACAUGUUGGACAUUUGGGCACUGGUCGUCCUCAUCAUCGCCGUGUACCUGGCAUUCCUUGUGUCCUGUUGUCGCUUCCUCUUCUGUUGCUCCCGCGGCGGCGAGAAUAAAGUCACGAGCAAGCGACAGAAAGUCGACAACAUGACGCGAUUGAUGAUACGGAGCAUCCUUACUCUGGUGUUACUGAUCACUUCUUGCGUGCUUUGUGCCAACAAAAAUCCCCCAACUACCAAUGCUCCAGAAAACCGCGCAAAAUCCGAGACUGGAUCGAAAGCAUCAGUAAACGAACCUGCGAACACCGCUCAGCAGGCGAAACAGAGAACUGCAACUGACGAGAAGGACCACACAAGUGCCAACAGCAGCAAAAACACUUCAGCAGAUGCUAAACGCGCCGAGGAAACAGUGACACGAUCAUCAGCAAAGAACCAAACUCAACAGCAACAAUGCUACAAAAUUUUUAUUGUUGCUCCCUUUGCGCCGAAAGGCGACAAUGAAGUGUUCUCGACUUUGGCUGCUGGGUUGGCUGCCAGGUGCCACCAAGUGACUUCGCUGGUGGCAUUUCCUGUGCAAAAAUCGGUUAUAUUGCCCAAGGGAGUGAAAGAACUAUCUUCGAAGACUUAUAGAACGCUCAGUGACGAGCUACGAAGAUUUACAAGGGAUUCUUUCUCGAGAUUUGCUACUUGGGACGCUAUUAAAUUCAUCUGGGAAAAGGCGAGACAAGCAGGGAACGUUUGCGAGAGAUUCCUCGCCGAUCCUUUGACAAAACGAUUACUUACUGACGACGUAGAAAAGUUUGACAUUCUCCUUCUAGCCCCGAGCUUGAGCGAAGAAUGCCAACUGAUCUUCGCGCAAAUACACAAGACCCGCUUCAAUACACCUUGGGUUCACUUCAUCACAACUUCAUCAGAUUAUUCCACGAGCCUGCUUUCACCCAAUAGGUUUCUCGAUUUACCCGAUAAACAAGGCUUUUUGGAAAGGAGUCUCAACGCAAUUUUGACGGUGUUGGCAAAUUGGGUCCGAGUGAAAUACGCUUACCCGAAGAUCGAAGGUGUUCUGAGGAGAGAGGUGGACCCAACUUUCGAUUCAUUAGAAAAGCUCGAGGAAACCAGUGCUUUGUUGCUCUUGGGCAGCGACGAGAUUUUGGGGUAUCCAGCGGUUCGAUCCGGGCAAGAAAUCCAAGUUGGAGGUCUGCAGUGUCGGGAACCAAAACCCCUGUCGUCCGAGGAGUUAGAGAGUUGGUACCAAGAAUCUGGACAAACCGGAGUACUGAUAGUUGGAUUAGGUUUUACGAUCAAGGAAUUAUCCGCAGAAGAUACAGCGACGUUUGCCACAGCUUUUGGAAAGAUCAAGCAAAAAGUUUUAUGGGAAAGUUCUGAGAACUCCACUGGACUCCCAAAAAAUGUUCGCACGACCUCCGCCUUGACCCACGACAUGCUCGGCCACCCGAAGACAAGAGCGAUCAUUACAACCGGGUCGGUACGAGGAACACAGGAAGCCUGCUAUCACGGCAUACCCAUCCUGGCCCUGCUCACGAACGCUGAGCAACGUAUGAACAUUCACAAAGUGGUUCGAGAUGGAAUAGGUAUAUCGUUGAGUUGGGCGAAUUUAACUACAGCAUCAAUAAUCAACGCCGUCAAUGCCCUCACCAGUCCUAACAAUCGUUUUAAGAAGAACAUCCUGCGCAAGUCGCGAUUGAUGAAGAACCAGAUGACGAGUCCGCUUGAUCGCGCCAUCUGGUGGCUCGAGUUUGUAGCUCGUGAGAAGGAUACACGGUUGUUGCGCCCAGCAAUCCGCGAUAUGCCGUCGUAUCAAGUGCAUCUUGUUGACGUGGCAUCGUUCUUGGUGAUCCUUCUCGUGCUGCAUUUGUGCGGAAUCGGCCUGACGCUUUUGUUCUACUGCAGAUGCCGCAAUAAGCGGCGAGAAGUUGACAAGGAUCUAGGCAGCAUUUUCAACUACGAUUCUGGAAGUUCUAAUCGGGGUUCUAGAAACAAGGACGUGUUCAAACGUGAUUAG